CCUAGAUAUUAUCGUCAGCCGCUCGUGGACCCAGGUCGCUUUGACUUCAUCUUCACGACGACUCAAUCCCAGACCUCCACGAAAGAUUUUGUACGUGAUAAUAUCCUCCGUAUAAUCUAGACAGGAAAGGAAAUGUCUACCGACGGGCACCCCGCUGAGGCGCGAUAUGUCUACUCGAAAUUGCCGUCCUCGGAUCACACUCGAGUAUUAGAGAUCUAUCCCUCGGAGGAUCCUAUAGCGGAGAUACGAUGCGCCAUCCAUACUUUUGGCCUGUAUAGCCCCGAUGCCAUCUCAUACGAGGCGAUCUCAUACACCUGGGGGGAGCAACUCUUUCUGGAAAUGAUUUGGGUCAUUGGUUCCCCCGACGGCCCCAAUCAAAUUCCCAUCACGACCAAUCUCUCAAAUGCAAUUCGUAGGUUUAGGUACCGCACCAAGCCUCGCUUUCUUUGGGCAGACGCUGUCUGUAUCAACCAGAAGGACAACGACGAGAAAGCAACACAUAUUCCGCUUAUGACGGAUAUUUACCGCGGUGCUGCUAGGGUUGUUGUUUGGCUUGGGGCAGAACAGAAAGACCAACAAAACGUUUUACGGAUCAACAAUAUGGGGAGGCUUAUCAAGUCAGAGAGACGAGCAGAAAUUUACCAGGAAGGAAAGCUACUGGAAUGCAUGACAGAUUUGCUUCGUCUGCCGUGGUUCAGCAGACGGUGGAUUAUCCAGGAAGUUGUGAUGAGUACAGAUGUUGUGCUUUUCUGUGGUUCCCAACGACUAUCAUUCCUGCGACUCGUUAUGAUGUUACAUUCUUUCCGAGACACUGCGAUAUUUUCCGUCCCAGCAGCGAGAGGCCUAUUACGGAUGUACGAGCUUUGGAAAGGGUGGGCCACUAGCGAGCCGCACAGCAGUGGGAGGGAAGUGAUUUCAGUCCUAGAUCUGUUGCAGGAUUUUGAUCACUGCGGUUGUGUUGACGGCAGGGAUCGAAUCUUCACCCUAGCCUCCUUAUCCGAGGAUGUCUACGUCCACACGACGGCGGACGUCUCCCCCAAAGCCCCACGGCAUUGUUUCGAGGUUCUAAUAGACUACGGGGUUUCUGUGGAAGAAACCUACAUAUCGACGGCCCAGAUGUUCUCUAACUCAAAGUGCACAAACUGGAUUUUAGUGAACGCCGCGAUACGCUCCCGCGGUGUUUAUGACACAGGCUUGCCAAGCUGGGUUCCAGACUGGAGAGUCCCUGCCUGUCGGCAGCCAUUAUCGAGACUCGCACCUGGUCACCACAUCGUGCCUUCGCGCGAACCGGCGGACUCCACGGACUAUAUUUCAUUACACAGGAUGAAUCUUCACAAAACUGAGAUACGGCGGCUUUCCAACACCAAAUUCCACCUACUGACUGCUGGCUUUCUCUGUAUCCAAGACUGGCGGCAACAAAUCGCUGCUAACAAUAAAAAUCCAAACCGGGGGCAAUAUUACGACGGCCCCCGUUGCCAGAUACAAUAUUCUACGUGGGCAGGCAAGUCGGAAAAGAAACCCCCGGUCCCUCGUGAUAAGAAUGGCUUAGCACCAUUGGCUGUAACCUGGAAGGGAGAAACCCUCUCUGAGUCCGGAGACAAUGUGGAUAUAAUGGCGUGGGUGCAAUCGACCUUUGAGGGGGUUUGGAAACGGGUUCGCUCGUCACAUGCAGAGUCCAGCUUCAUCUCACAAUCUAUACCUCCAGAGGGUAUUAAACUUGAACAGAACCAUGAUGAAGGCGACAUUUUCACUCCUGGAGGGAAGGUAUGGGAUGAAUGCAUAGAUAAAUUCGCCUACCUUAUCACCGGGUACGGGAAAACGUCCGACAAACUCGACUCUAUGCUAUUGAAGGCAAUUGAAGAUAUGAGAGAAAGUGCGGAUUCCCACGAAAGAUAUCGGAUAUCUAUUCACGAAGGUCGAGACAUCGAUUUAUUGAGGGAUAUAGGAUAUAGAGCCCGCUAUAAAAGCUCGAAGUAUUACCACACUGCCAGGGUGCAGGAUAUCGUUCUCGGGAAGAAGGGAAACUUACCGGAACAGGAUAAAAUAUUGAAGUUGAUUGGUCUAAGGAUGGGUGGUCGAUGUCUAUUUACUUGCGAAGUGGAUUGGAAGCCGGAGCGCGCACUUGCUGCGGAUAUAAUGGGUAUCGGAGUGCCGCAUAUGAAAACAGGGGACCGGGUCAUAUUUCCUGCCUUCGAGGGAGGUGACUUCAACUGGUGGAAAAGCACGCUCCUUGUUCGCGAGGCGAUCCUAGACGCCCAAACAUCUGCUGAAAUCUCGAAGGAUCCCGAGUUUAUCAAGGCUAGAGACCAGCAGUUCCCCCCACCAGUAUACCAGUUCGUCGGGGAGUGUUUCCUAACAGCGUCACGUUGGAUGUCGCUUGUGAGGGGCCUCGUUGACAUGAGGUGGAUUGAAGACACUCCAGGUGGUUAUUUUUUCCACGAGCAUAAUGAAGACGGCCGCAGGAAUCUGGGGAUGGUUAAAAUCGACGUUGUUCUUGUAUAGAAACCUUUUGUUAUUUCCUAGAAAGAGUGGUGUUAGGGCUAAGGAGUUGAUUGGGGCAGGUACAGGAAAACGAAGGACUACAGGGCCGAGCGAAAUCGCCACAGUUACUAAGAGCACCCUUGUGAGAAUACAGGAAUAAAGAGGUGGAGAGCAGCUCUCAAUAGUUGGUCGGGAGGUACAGCGAGAGCUGCUUCAGGACAGUUGCUGGGUGGGUUGUUGGGUUGUUAGCUGUAUACAUAAGACCUCUAUUACGUUGAGGAUUCUCUUGGGGCACCUUAUGUGUCCAAAGCGUCGAAUAAACUAUAUAUUUGAGGGUGAAAC